AUGGCAGGCAAACAAUCACCAAUAAUUUAUCCAAUGACAGUACCAACUUUAACACCUUCAAUUAUAUUGACCAUAUUAUUUCUAUCAACGUCAUCACUUCAUCUAUAUCGUAUGAUAAAGUUUCGUAGGCCAAUUUACUCGUACUUAUUUGCAUUUAGUUUUGUAAGAUUAUUACUCUUCAUAGUUCGUACAGCAUGGUCAACGAUAUAUCACUCAAUCACAUUAAACAUAAUCACAAGAGUUUUAUUGGUAGGAGGAUUUUUCAUAAUAAUAGAAGCAUUAUAUACAUUAUUAACGGAUUGGUUAAUAAUCACUUUAAUUGGUGAAACAUCAACUUCAAAUUACAAUCAUAAUAACGAAGAGGGAGAUGCUAUAAUACCAAAAUUUACAAAAUAUACAAUAAAAUUUAUAAAGUUUUUUGUAUUAAUAAUACUGUCAAUUAUUAAUAUUAUUGGGGAGAUAAUAGAAUUUGAUGAUAGUGGUCGAUUGAUUGGACAAGUCUUUAUUAAAGCAUCAUCAUUAGCAUCGGUAUUGUACAUUGGGGGAGCAUUGAUGCUGAUCGAGUUGGCCUACCGAAUUUUUAUAACAUUUUCAGAUCCUGGUGACCCAAUCAAAAGGAUUGAAUGGGGUUUUUAUAUUUUUGAAAUUUUACCUGAAUUGAUUCUGUUGAUAGUUUUUGGUGGAGUUAUUUUAGAAGAAGCACAUCAUGACCAAACAUAUAAAUUUACAAAGAAUGAAUGA